AUGCGGUUGCCAUCGUUGGUAUUGCUGGGGAUCGUAUCCCUGUGUCUGGUGCAGUACGCUGCAGGUCAGCGGAAACCCAAAGCUGGGUUUUUCGACAUUUUCUUUAACCUAGAUAGCGGGCGUAGAGGGGAUAGAAUUGUUGGUGGUACAACGACAACGAUUGCUAGGUACCCGUAUGUGGUGUCGUUGAGACGUAACUCGAACCACAUUUGUGCUGGGUCGGUAAUAUCAGCGUUUUACACCGUUACAUGUGCCCACUGUACGGCCUCGAUGACCAGCGUUGAUGGGAUAACCUUAUACGGGGGUUCCACCAGUAGGACGACGGGUGGUAGGGUGUUCCAGGUAACAAACAUCGUCAUGCACCCCGAAUACAACCCGGACACAUUCGAUUGUGACGUGUCCGUGCUGCGUGUAUCGUCCUCCUUGAUAGCGUCACCCGAAAUUGCUACCGUAAAAUUAGCACCUCUGGAAAUGGAUUUUCCAGCAGGUACAAGCUGUUCCUUGCCUGGUUGGGGUCGAACGUCGGACACUGGUACGCUCUCAGCCACACUGCGUGCUGUAAUUAUUCCGGUAGUCAGUCAAACCAGCUGUGCAACAAUGUGGUCGAAUGUUCCAGUAACAGAUACCAUGAUUUGCGCAGGAGCGAAAGGUCGUGAUGCCUGCAUAGGUGACAGUGGUGGACCUUUGGUAAUGACCACUUCCAAUGGAACCACCCUUCUGAUCGGUAUGGUUUCGUGGGGAUCGGUGAUGUGCGGGAGCGAGUAUCCGGGCGUUCACACUCGUAUAGCAGCAGCGAAAUUGUACGAUCAUGCGCAAAACGAGAAGCAACUUAGCAAGAAACCUGUUGGAACUAUACCACAAGCAGUAAACACACGUCCGAGCAACGUCCUAGCCCGUCGAGGGUAUAAAAGCAAUUGUCCGAGUGUCGAGCAUCAGUUACUUGAAGCUGGUAAGAUGAAACUGUUCGUAGUGUUGGCAUUGUGUGUGGCUGCGGCCUUGGCCGGUCCUGAGGAGGACGUUUGGAUGAAGUACAACCACCGCAUGCCGGGGCAGUUUAAAGGUCUUCCGAACCAGGAACCUUACCGAGGACGCAUUGUUGGCGGCGUUGAUGCCGACAUUGCGAACUAUCCGUACCAGCUUUCGCUGCGCCGUGCAUCGCACAGCUGCGGUGCAUCUGUGAUCGCUGCACGCUGGGCGCUGUCGGCCGCUCACUGUACCUUCCCGGUACCAGGACCCGGUCAGAUCUCUCUGCAAGGAGGCAGCUCAGACCGUACUUCGGGUGGUAUUGUUUUUGUCGUUGACCAAGUCAUCAAUCACCCUCAUUACAAUGACUUCACCCUUGUGAAUGACGUGUGCGUGAUCAGUACUACCACUGAUCUGGUGGGACCCAACAUCGCUCCGAUCGCUUUGGACCCGUCCGGUGCUACCCACGCCCCCGGUAGCCGUGCUGUUCUGAGUGGAUGGGGAGCCGACCACACUGGUAGUCUCCCCGUUAUCCUGCAACGCGUUGACAUCCCGGUGGUGAGUCAGCAAGCGUGCGAGACUGGUUGGGGUGCUGGUAUGGUUACCCCAGACAUGAUCUGUGCCAGCGAGCCUGGACGUGAUGCCUGUGGUGGUGACAGUGGCGGCCCAUUGGUUGUUGCUGGACAGCAGAUCGGUAUUGUGUCCUGGGGUGCGGUUAAUUGCCAAGGAACCCCGCCAGGAGUGUUUGCCCGUGUUGGCUUCCCGAGCACCCGAAGCUUCAUCUUCGACAACACCGGCGUAGUAGUCAGUUCAGCAGGUUUGAACGCAAAGAUGAAGGUGAUCAUUGUAUUAGCAGCGAUUGUUGCCAGCGUACUGGCUGGCCCAGAAGAGGAUCUUUGGCUCAGGUACAAUCGGCGGAUGCCAGGAAUCUAUGGCAGAAUCGGCGUUCCCUCGACACCAUCUCGUGAAGGAAGAAUCGUUGGUGGUGUAGAUGCCGACAUCGCUAACUAUCCGUACCAGCUCUCGCUGCGACGCAAUGGAGGCCAUUCUUGCGGAGCAUCGGUCAUUGCGACCCGUUGGGCCCUAUCAGCUGCCCACUGCACCUUCCCUUUGCCAGCCCUAAGUUCGCUGCAGCUUCUCGGAGGAACUUCCAUCCGUACGGAAGGAGGCGUUACUUUCGCCAUCGAAGAGGUUGUGAAUCAUCCGAACUACGAUGAUUUUACCCUGGAAUUCGAUGUUUGUGUGUUGCGCGUUGGAGCUGACUUGACUGGUGUUAACAUUAAUCCCAUUCCCUUGGAUCCUAUUGGAACUGAACAUGCAGCGGGCACACGAGCAGUCGUUAGCGGUUGGGGUUUAAACGCAGCAGGAACAUUGCCGACCAUUCUGCAGCGUAUCGAUAUUCCAUUGAUCGCGGAUAGUGCCUGCUCCCAGAGCUGGCCCGGAUUUGUUGCGGCCGACAUGAUUUGCGCUGGUGAAUCUGGCCGAACGGUGUGCAACGGCGAUAGCGGCGGUCCUUUGGUAGUCGGUGGAUUCCAAAUUGGUAUUGUGUCGUGGGGUCAACAGGGCUGUUCUGGAAAUCUGCCCGCUGUUUUCGCCCAGGUUUCAUUCCCUGGAAUUCGCAACUUUAUUUCGUCCAACACUGGGGCAUAA